AUGGGGCUCCUUAGAGAGCCUCUCGCGUCCCUCCUCCGCUUCCUGCUGCUACUGCAGGCACAGGUUUUCUGGCUGCCGUGCGCAGGCUCCGAGCCGUGCCGGGCGAAUUUCGGGGAGGCUGAAGUGACCUUGGAGGCGGGAGGCACGGAGCUGGAGGCUGGCCAGGCGUUGGGGAAAGUAGCGGUCACUGGCUGCCCUGGACAACAGCUGGCUCUACUUGGCACUGAUAAUGACUUCACUGUGCUGAACAGCGGAACAGUCCAGGAAAGGAAGGCAGCAAAGAUUUCUCUAGCCAAACACAUCUUACGAAGACGCAAGAGGGAAUGGGUUGUUCCACCAAUAUCUGUCCCUGAGAAUGGCAAGGGUCCCUUCCCGCAGAGGCUGAAUCAGCUCAAAUCUAAUAAGGACAGAGGCACCAAGAUUUUCUACAGCAUCACAGGGCCUGGCGCAGACAGCCCUCCCGAGGGUGUCUUCACCAUAGAGAAGGAGACAGGCUGGUUGUUGCUGAAUAAGCCAUUGGACCGGGAGAAGAUUGCCAAGUAUGAGCUUUUUGGCCAUGCUGUGUCUGAGAAUGGUGCCUCAGUGGAGGAUCCCAUGAACAUCUCCAUCAUCGUGACAGAUCAGAAUGACCACAAACCAAAGUUCACCCAGGAUGUCUUCAGAGGAAGUGUCUUGGAGGGGGUACUGCCUGGCACUUCUGUGAUGCAGGUGACAGCCACAGAUGAGGACGAUGCUAUCAACACCUACAAUGGGGUGGUCGCUUACUCCAUCCAUAACCAAGAACCACAGGACCCACACGACCUCAUGUUUACUGUCCACCGGAGCACAGGCACCAUCAGCGUCAUCUCCAGUGGCCUGGACCGGGAGAAAGUCCCCGAGUACACACUGACCAUCCAGGCUACAGACAUGGACGGGGAUGGGUCCACCACCACAGCAAUAGCGACAGUGGAAAUCCUCGAUGCCAAUGACAAUGCUCCCAUGUUUGAGCCCCAGAAGUACGAGGCCCGGGUGCCUGAGAAUGCAGUGGAUUAUGAGGUACAGAGAUUGACAGUGACUGAUCUGGAUGCUCCCAACUCACCAGCAUGGCAGGCCACCUACCGUAUCGUGGGAGGAGAUGAUGGGGACCAUUUUACCAUCACCACACACCCUGAAAGCAACCAGGGCAUCCUGACAACCAAGAAGGGCUUGGAUUUUGAGACCCAAAACCAGCACACUUUGUACAUAGAAGUGACCAAUGAGACUCCUUUUGUGGUGAAGCUCCCAACCUCCACAGCCACCAUAGUGGUACACGUGGAAGAUGUGAAUGAGGCCCCCGUGUUUGUCCCACCCUCCAAAGUCAUUGAGGCCCAGGAAGGGAUCUCUGUCGGGGAGGCUGUCUGCAUCUACACAGCACAGGAUCCUGACAAGGAGGAUCAGAAGAUCAGCUAUCACAUCCUGAGAGACCCAGCAGGGUGGCUGGCAAUGGACCCAGAGAGCGGGCAGGUCACUGCCGCAGGCAUGUUAGACCGAGAGGAUGAACAGUUUGUGAGGAACAACGUCUAUGAAGUCAUGGUCUUAGCCACAGACAAUGGGAGCCCUCCCGCUACUGGUACAGGGACCCUCCUGCUAACACUUGCGGACAUCAAUGACCACGGCCCGAUCCCUGAGCCCCGUCAGAUCAUCAUCUGCAACCAAAGCCCUGUGCCCCAAGUGCUGAACAUCACGGACAAAGACCUGUCUCCCCACUCCUCCCCUUUCCAGGCUCAGCUCAUGCAUGACUCAGACAUCUACUGGAAGGCAGUGGUCAAUGAAAAAGGAGACACAGUGACCUUGUCCCUGAAAAAGUUCCUGAAGCAAGACAUAUAUGACGUAUACCUUUCUCUGUCCGAUCAUGGCAACAAGGAACAGCUAACAGUGAUCAGGGCCACUGUUUGUGACUGCUAUGGCCAUGUGGAGACCUGCCCCAAACCCUGGAAGGGCGGGUUUAUCCUCUCCAUCCUGGGGGCUGUCCUAGCCCUGCUCC